CCUCUGUGUUCAAGUUUUAAUUACCAAAUCUUUUACUGCUGCUGUUAUUCGUUAGUCAGUGAAAGAUGGCUACAGUCAAUGAUUCAUUUCCUGGGAAUAAUCCAGGCCCACUAGACUGUAACAUGACACUUAAUCUGGAUUAUGAUACUGGGCUGGCUGCAUUAUGUGUGACGCUUGGAUUAUUCGGCCUACUAUAUACUUUUGUUGGUUAUCGUUGCUUCAAAGCGGUUAUGUUUCUAAGUGGAUUAAUAUUUGGUGGAACAGUCGUUUUCGUUUUGUGCCAAGAAGAACGAAUAUUGCAACAUACACUUUCGUUUGGUGCUAUUGUUGGUAUUUCUGUUGGCAUUGGUGUAUUGUGUGGUUUUAUAACAAUGCUUGUUAGAUAUGCUGGCUUAUUUUUACAAGGAUUCUUUUUAGGCCUGCUUGUGGCCAUUGGUGCAAUCAUAGCUUUACAAAAGUUCUACCAUCCUUCUACACCAUGGAUUCCCGUUGGAAUUUUGUUUGGAACUGGAAUUAUUUUUGCUCUGUUGACAUUAAAAUGGCAGAAACAGUUUAUUUUACUCAGUACUGCUGUUAUGGGUGCUGCACUUAUUUGUGUUUGUCUCGAAUAUUUUAUGGAAAAGUUUUUAUUAUUAAGAUAUAUAUGGGAAGCAUUAAUGGCUUCAUCGUCUACAGAUGUCUGCUGGUAUUCAUGGGUUAUUUUAGGAAUUUGGCCAAUUCUUGCAUGUAAGUCAUAAUAUUGAUUAAUUUGG